AAUCGACCGAAGUAGGUAGCUAAACAUGUUGUUUUGUGCCAUUUUCUAGAUAGUAAAAUUUUAUAAUAAGAUUUAUAAUAGUAGGCUACACCGCUACAUUAUUUAUCGCAAAAAAAAAAAAAAAAGUCUAUAAGCUUCAGAGUUCAGACAUUAGCAAAGACAAAGAACUUUAGACUCAAAAUAAGAUGACGAAAUCUCUCUCCAAAACAAAUUGAAAAAUCAAAGAAAAAACACCCUACAAAAAAAAAAACCACAGGAAACAGGGGUAAAUUUGGCAAAAACAAAUUCUCAACUCACGCACACUUGCAAUUGUAUUGUUGCCCUCUUCUUCUUCAAACCCAAAUUAUUUGUUCGUCCCCUUUUCUUCUUCUUCUUUCUCUCUCUUCCCCUGCAUCCAAAUUUACUGCACUUCACCCUAACCUGCUAUUUUUAUUUUCAAUUUUUUCCAUCCAAAUCGAAUUAAAAGGAUGAUUUUUCCUUUUAAUUCACGUAAUUAUACCUAAUUUAUCCAUUUUUGUCCUCUUCAAUUUAGUUUAAUUUCUGGGCUUUGGUUGUAUUUUUCCUGGUUUUCUCGAUUAAAGGUCCACCAGGAAGGGCAGGAACUGACCGGCCUUUUGUGUAGUCGUGGUGGACUUGCUCAAUAAAGAGAGAGAAAAUGGGCAGCACAUUCAACCCUCAGAUUUUAGUAGAGAAAUUGACAAAGCUUAAUAAUUCUCAACAGAGCAUAGAGACUCUAUCUCAUUGGUGUAUUUUUCACAUGAAUAAAGCAAAAUUAGUGGUUGAAACCUGGGACCGACAAUUUCAUAGCUCUCCACUGGAGCAAAGGUUGGCCUUUUUGUAUCUUGCGAAUGAUAUCUUGCAGAAUAGUCGGAGAAAGGGUGCUGAGUUCGUAGCUGAAUUUUGGAGAGUCCUUCCUGAAGCACUUCGUGAUGUUAUACGCAAUGGGGAUGAGUUUGCAAAAAAUGCAGCUCGUAGACUGAUUAGUAUAUGGGACGAAAGGAAAGUGUUCGGCUCAAGAGGGCACAUCUUGAAGGAAGAGUUUAUGGGCAGGCAACCAGAAAACAAUGUUAAUAAAAGUGGGAAGCAACUCAGCUUCAAAUUUUCUAUUGGAAACAUGUUAGAUAAAAUAGUUUCAGAUUUUGAAACGAUUUAUGGGGGUCAAUUGGAUGAAGAUGCCUUACUGAGUAGAUGUACAAAUACCAUUAGCUGUUUGGAGAAACUUAUAAAGGAUAUUGGCAGCGGGAUUAAAUCAGGUAAAUUCAGCGGAGCUGAAUUGCAAGGACAGCAUGUUGCGUUGAGGGAAUGCAUUGAGCAGCUGACAACACUUGAAGCUUCAAGGGCAAGUCUUGUAUCGCAUUUGAAAGAUGCUCUUCAAGAGCAGGAAAUAAAACUGGAUCAAGUGCGUAGUCAGCUCCAAGCUGCUCAAUUGCAAUCGGAUCAAGCCGUUAUUGUUAGUCGACAGUUUGUGAGCUCUGACAGCAACAUGACAAUGGAGGAACAGGGUAUGAAAGAUGUUCAUGCUUCCUCUGCACCACCUGGUUUUACUUCUGGGGACAGGCAACCAAAUCCUGUUGUAUACACCAGACAAGUCCCUUUACCUGACAAGUCUGUUACGUCUGCUGAGGACGACUCUCGUAAAUCUGCAGCUGCCGCAGUGGCAGCUAAGCUUACUGCUUCUACUGCUUCAGCUGAGAUGCUUAGUCACGUCCUUACUUCUUUGGUGUCAGGUGUUGCUUUUGGCAACUCCACAGAUUCCUCUAGUGAUCCCCAACAUUCUGAUAAGAGACCCAAACUUGAGAAUGAGGCAACUUCUUAUACACCAGCACCCCCGCUGCUGCCACCCCCUCAAAAUCAGCAACCACCGCCACCGUUGCCACCCUUCCCCCAUCCUGAAUCCCUGCAACAUAAUCCACAAUCAACAGCUGGUGAGAAGCCGCCCCCACCAUCCUCUUCCCCUCCGCCUCUUCCCCCUUUGCCACCGAUGCCAUUAUAUCCAAUGCAGCCUCAGUUUAUUCAGACUGCUGGAUCAAUGUCUAAUGUGGCUUACAGCUACGGGGCAACCCCGCAGCCACCCCCUAUGUCUGGAUACCCUUCUGUUGGGGCCGCGGUCACAGGUAUGUCUCCUUAUGCAGCUCCUCAGGGUAACCCGUAUCAGCCUUAUCCAGGAUCUGAAAGCGGGUUCUAUAGUCCUUCGUCAUCUGUGCCUAUGGCCCCAAUUUCACGUCAACAGACUUUGUAGUUUCAUAAAUUGAGCUGGUUGAAUGUAGGGUGGUGGAAGAUUUGAAUAGCUUUGUUCCUUUGUAGAAACCUUUUGUGCGAUUUGUAUCAUUUGAGGUUAUACACUGCAUAGUUAGAAUUUGCACAUAGCAGCGCCCUAAACUAUUUGUAACUUGUAGGCUUUUACAAAUUAAAAUUACUGAUUUGGAGAGUUUCACAUUAUGCUUUGGUUGUAUGUUGUUCUCAUUUGGUUAUUUUACCAUCAUUGAUAUGAUAUUUAGUGAGGUUAACUAACAGUCA